GUUUACCAGGAUCCAAGUUCUCCAAAAAUCCCUUUGAGUUCUGUAUAUGGAGUAUCUUACUACAUUAUUUUAUUAAACGCAUUCAUCAUGGCCUUCUUCCCCCUUCCUUUAAUGGCAAAGAUGGUUGAAAAGUCUAAUAUUAAUCCAAAAAGAACAAGAUACACCAAACUUUAUCUUGUUUUAAUACAGAUUCUUAGCUCUGUCCUCCUUCUAUUAGCUUUUGUAUAUUCAAUGAGGGGAAGCAGUAUACAUAGAAUUAUAUAUUUUGCUCUGGCAUAUCUGGGAGUAACUGCCUUGAAUACUUUUCUACUCUUAGUGAUAAAUGCCAUUUGCAAUUCAUUCGUUGAAGAAACUGAAAAGGUUCAGAAAUUGUCUGAGGUUCGUAGUUUGAUUACCGAAUCCUACCAACUGGUAUGUAGGCUAAGGAGUAUCAAGACUGCAUUUAAUCCACUACUUUUUAUCAUGUUACCCUUAAAUGUUGUUCUGUCUCUUGUUCUUUUGUACACUUGCUAUUUUUAUCUUGUGGAUGCACAAUAUUUGGAGUUUAUCAACAAAUUCUGUAUCCUGGUUGGGAUAGCUUUAAAUGUGUUUUAUUAUACCCAUUUCUGUAAUAUUACUCAUCAAGCACUAUCCAACAACAAUGACAAGCUGAGACAAGUAGCACUCAACAGUUGUGGGGAAGAUAAAAAUGAUUUACUAAUAGUUUUGGCCAUGAUAGAGGCAGAGGGACCGUUUACAGCUUAUGACUACUUUGAAGUAAACAAUUCAUCCUUCAUGUCAAUCAUCAGUCAGACCAUUGGAUAUCUGAUUAUCAUGAUAACUUUGAAGUAAAUCAGAGUUGACAACCCUAGUUUUUUCUCAUCUUUUUGUUGUUUUUUUAACCCUGCCCAUGGGUAAGAUUUUUUCACAAGGUUUAAAGUGCAACCUAGUUUAUAGACCAAAAGAUUUAGGCGCUUUUCUUCUUAUUUUUAGAUUAGUAAAUUAUGAAUCACAUGAUUUUCACAGAACAAACCUGUUUAAUUCUGGAUUUAAGAAGUAAUUAAAGUAUUAUUAGUGUUUUCUGUUUUUUUGUUUAUAUCAGGUUCGUAUCUUUAUAUUCCAGGUGGUUGGCAACCCUAAAGAACAUUAUAUUUUCUAAAUGGCAAUAUUUUAGAAAUAACUUUGAAGUAAAUUAUAAUAUCUAUAUCUUUGCAUGAAGUAUACUAUUAUUGUUUUAAGUCUAUAAUCAACCUUGAACAAUCUUUUUGUCUUUUCAACUUUAGUAAAUUAGUAUUUGUUCCGAAAUUAUGGAACGUUCCAAAAUAUUGUUCCGGAAAAUUCCAGUUUAAGGAAAAAUCGUUCCGGAAUUUUCUGGGAAAACAUAACGGAAAAACGUCUUAAAUUUAUGUAAAAGAUAAAACCAGUAAGUUAUAAUAUCUACAUAAUAAUAGAAUGUGCGCCUGUUUAGCUGUAGUUAAAGUAAUACUACUGUGAAUUAUCAUGGAAUAUAAAUACUGACUGCCAAAAUAAUUUGAUCUACAGAAAACUAUGGAAAGGAAGAAAACAUAAAUAGCAAUCCUUAAGUCUAUUUGAUGUUGUUAUAAAGCAAACAAGUUAAAUAGUAACUUGUAAUAUCACUUUUAAAUUGGUCUGUAUACAUUAUAUAUAGUAUGCGCUACGUAAUUGCCGUUAUCAUGUUCAUUGAACUAUUUAAAGUCAUAACUUCAGUCUCAAAGUAGUUCUCCCAUUCCUGAGUUUUCUGGUUCACACCCUAUUUGUAUACUUUACUCGUUUGUUUGUUUGUAUCCAAUAAACGUCAAAACAGCGGAACCGACUGAGCCCAAUACUCCAAAACUGGAAAUUUUACGAUUUCCAUUUCUUAAACUGGAAAAAUUUCCGGAUUACAUCACGUAAACUGUAAACAUUUCAUUUUCCAUUUGUUCCGGAAUUAUCCCGGAAUUCUGGUUUACGCAACAAAUUUCCGGAUCAUUUCAUUUCCAAAUAGAAAUUUUGUUCCGGAAAAAUGGAAACCCUAAUCGCACCAUAUUUAUACUUAUUAUGUUUUAUAAGUGUUCACAUAUUGUUUACCUUAUAAGUCAAUAAAUUACUUUUAUUAAUAAUAACUGUUUACCAAAGGUUUUAACCGAACAACAGUUACAUUGAAAAGUGUUUCAUUUAAUUGCCACGAAACUCAAGAAUAAAAGAUAUAAACGUUUAAAGUUGUUAUCUGGUAACCAAAAUUUAUUAUCCAAACUCUACCAUUUUUAAACAUUCUUUAUUCUGCAUAACUCCUUAAUAAAAUAAACAAAAUAAAAAAAUAAAAAAAUAAU